AUGACAAGUGCAAGUAUUCGCUCCUAUCUACAGCAAAGGGUCCAACAAUACUACCUCGAUGUUCUUCCCUCACGUUGGCGCGCGUUGCUCUCUCGUUUAGCUCGUAACACACAGAAGUGGCAACAAGAUGAACAAGAUGUUAAUCCUAAUCGAAAUUUGUUGAUAGAUAUUUAUGCAGACUUUGACCUUUCUAGUGCACUCCUUGAUGAGGAACACCAAGUCUACCGAGAAGGUGUUUCGCUUCUGCAUAGUUCUCCUUCAUCUUUUGAGAAUGACCAAUCAAAUGAAGCUAAAUCUGCGGUAAAACGACUUUUGCAAGCACUCCUCUCCUGCAUCGCAUUAAAGGAGACCAUCAUCACACAUUGGAAAAGUUCCUUCGCUAAUAUUCCCCCUGACACGCUUCGAGUAUACUGUCAUGCAUGUAUUGCACAUCCACAUCUCUCUACCAGCGAGGUGGAGAGAGUAAGUGCACUUUAUGCAUCAAUAUAA